CCGUCCUUCGGCGCGAGGCGGAGGACGAAGCCGGCAUGCGGGCAGAAGAUGUUCAAGAAAUCCAUGUCCGUCCUGGUCAAGAUGCAAACGGCGAUGAGGUACAGCCACCAGCAGCACCACUUCCAGCAAGCGUCGGCGGAGGCCGAGCUUUCGUCGGUGAACCAGCUGCAGCACAUGAUCUCCGAACGCAAUCGCCGGGAGAAGGACCUCAACGACAGCUUCCUGGCUCUCAAGACCAUCCUUCCUCCCGGCUCCAAGAAAGACAAGACGUCUAUACUGAUCACCGCGAGGGAGUACGUGAACUCCCUCAAGUCCAAGGUAUGCGACCUCGAGGAGAAGAACAAGGCGCUCCAGGCGCAGCUGGCCGAGUGCGCCCGCGGCGCCGGGGUCGCAGAAGACGACGCCGAGAAGGUCGAAAUCCAAAUAACCAGAGCGGCGGCGGAUCGGGAAGAUGGGACGACUACGAGUGAGGUUUGCACCGUGAAGAUAGCGGCGAGGCCGGCGCAUGGCAACACGAUGGACGUGGUGCUCAGGACACUGCAGUGCCUCAAUGAUCAGAUGGGGAAAGACGACGUCAGCCUGGUGGCAAUGAGCACCAACGACGGCGACGGCCUCACCGGAGCAUUCCUGGCGAUGCAGCUCAAAUCAGCGUCCGGCGCCAAGUGGGAGGAGGAGGUGGUCAGGGAAGCCGUGGGGAAGGCCGUCGCGGCCCGCACGGGCGCCGACCGCCGUGGCGACGCCGCCGGCCGGUCUGGGCACGCUGAAUGA